UCCAACCCUGUUGUAGUCAAAAAGUGAGGUUAUGUUGAAAAUACAAUUUUUUUCGCUAUUUUCCCGAUUUUUCCUUUUUUGACAUUUACAUAUUACAAGAUUUACAGUAAUUUAGAUAAUUUAUCAGUAAAGAAUAAAAUUAAAAAUAGUGUCAAAUUAAAAUACGUUCUUUUUCAAUUAGAAAAAAUUGUUUUUUAAUCGCAGCAAGAAGAUUGAAUCGCAGGAAUCGCAGGCAAGAAGGAAAAUUCUCCGAGAAUUUACCAGCGGUUAUAUUCUCUUUGGUAAUAUAACCGACAAUCCCGACAAUCGACAUAGAAGAUAGAAGACAAGACUAGAACGUUUAUGACGUUUAUACAAAAAUAUAUUUUUUUAAAAGAGAAUUUUUUUAUAUAAAAUAUAUAUUUUAAAUAAGCAUUGUAUUUUUGAAGUUUAGUUUUUAUGCGGUAAAAUCGCAUCAGUAGCAGGCGUAAUUAUAUUUUUAAAGGUUAUUUUUCAUUGACAAGUGACUGUCAACAAAAUAUAGAAUUCAACCAAUUCAACAAAGUGACUGAAAAUGAUUAUUACAGGCACAAAAUAGAGUUUAUUGUUAAAAAAAAAUAAAUAGAAACAACCGGUCGUUUAGUUAUGUAGUAAAAAAUUAAAUCCAGAGAAUUAAAAAAUCAAAAUUAAGAAAGUUAAACCACAAGUGAAAUAAUGGAAGAAACAGCAAAAAAUCAGAUUGGAAAAUUCAUUCAAGAUUUGAAAGAAGCAACUUUAACGCAAAAUGAUUAUCAGGAUUGUAAUAUUGUGAAUAUAUCGGAAAUUCUCGAUUCUUUGGUCAAUAUUAGUAAAACUGACGACAAAACAGAAAAUGUAGAAUUUAUAACAGACAAAAUUUUUCUGAAAUUAUUAACAAUUAAUUCGGAAACAAUUGCAACAAAGACUGCAAAAACAAUUGCCGAAAUUGCAAAGACUGAAAGUGGAAGAGAAAAAUGCACAAGGGAGGAUUUAGUUAGAACAUUGAUAGAACUUUUGCAAUCGCAAAAUUUGGAACUUCUCAUUCAGGUCUCGAGGGCACUUGGAAAUAUUUGUUACGAAAAUGUGAAAGGCAAAACGUUAAUUCAAGAGAUGGAGGGAUUGAAACAUAUUUUAAAGCUUCUUGAGAGAGGAAUUGAAUUUGGUAACAAAGAGGGGGCGGAUUUUUUAAGAAACGUAGCAGCUGGAUUUUUGUUAAAUUUUCUCGUGGACCAAAAUAAUAUUGAUAAAGAGGUGAUAAAAAGCGAGGUUGUUCCGGUGAUUUGCAAAAUAUUAGAAAUCGAUGGCACUGCGAAUCGAGAGGCAGCGAUGCAAGUACUUUUAAUUCUUGGCGUUUUGAACGAUAUCGACGUACAAUUUCUCAACGAGAGGCUCGCCAAUAUUUUAGUCGAAAUUCUCAGCAGUGACAAUUCGUCCGAAUUUUCUGAAAUGUGCUUAGAAAUUCUUCACGGACAAGCGGAAGACGAGAAUGCAAAAUUACUGUUGGCCAAGGUUGGCGUUUGCGAAUUACUUCUUAAAUUAUUGGAGAAACAUGGACCACGUUGUACGGAUGAGGAAACAAGAUCAGUAUUGAAAGUCGCUUGUAAUUUGAUUGUUCUAAUUCUAACUGGAGACGAGAGUAUGAAUCUACUGUACAAGAAUAGCGAGGGCUAUGUUUACAAAAAACUGGUGGAUUGGCUGGAGAAUAUUGACGAGGAUCUCCAAGUGACGGCCGUUUUGGCCAUGGGAAACUUCGCACGAGCCGAUAAGCAUUGUGAGUCAAUGGUCGUCGAGGGCGUUCACAAGAAAUUAUUGAAAUUAAUCAAUAAAAACAGUGACAAAUGCGGUGACAUUCGAUUUCAACACGAUCUCCUGAGUGCAAUGAGAAAUCUCGUCAUUUCGCCGACAAAUAAAUCUCAAGUCCUCAACGAUGGACUCAUUGAAAUUCUCAUGCCAAUGCUCGACAUUCCAACGUUUCCGGUUGUCUUCAAACUUCUCGGAACACUUCGAAUCGUCAUCGGCGGACAGCAGAAUGCAGCGAUAUUAUUGGGAAAGAAUUCGAGACUAAUGGAAAAAGCUGUGGAAUGGUCGGGAACCGAAGAUCAUCCCGGGGUUCAAGGCGAGGCGAAUCGUUUAUUAGCCUGGCUAAUAAUUAACAGCAGAGACAAGGAAGUCGUAUUGACACUGAUAAAUAACGACGGAGUGAAGAGAUUAGUGAAAAUGCUCAAUUCCAAGCAUCCAUUAAUGCAGAAUGAAGCUCUAUUGAGUUUAAAUAUCAUCACCGCAAUUUGUCUCGCCGAAUCGGAGAAAUUUCUAAUUGAUUCGAAUAUUAGUCACGGAUUGUUACGAUUUAUCAAGGAGAGCGCACCAACUGUCGAGCCACCAAUUAUUUACAAUUCUCUCUCCCUUACACUAAAUCUCGUCAAAUCUGAUAACUUAAAGGAGCAUUUAAAAGAAUCUCAAGUUCCUGCCUCGUGGAAGGAGUUGAUAAAAUCCCGCGAGAAAGAAAUGGAAAUACCAAAAGAUAAAAUGAAAAUUCUAUGUGUCGAACUAAAUAUUUCUCUUGACUGAACAAAAAACCAAUUCUUCCUAUAAAAAAAGAAAAAUAAUUGUGACUGCCUCUAAAUGCCAUAAAAAAAAUGCACUGAAAAUUCCAUUUUAGUGUUACAAGAAAUAUAAAAAAGUCUCUAUACAAUAUAUACUAUAUUUUAGAUACAAAAAAUGCGCGUAUACAAAUAUUUUUUUUUCUCUUUUCUGUAAUCUCUUUCUAACACUUUAUUUCCAAAUUUCCUAUUAAAUGGAAUCAAUGUGUAUUUAAAUCAAAUCCUGUUUAAUAUAAAUAUAUAUAUAUAUAUACUAAAAUAUUUGUCAAGAUAUUGAAAAAAAAUAUUUAUUUAUUGAAAAUAAAUUUUUGCUGAAUGUAAUCUAUGUAAA